AUGUCCUCGUCCACUUGUCGCCGCGUCCGUGCUGUGGCCAUGAUCCUGGACGACGUGCUGUACGACCACUCGACGCUCUUGUCCCACUUGGCAGUCGACCGCGGCCUCGCGCAAUUGCAAAGCGAAGGCGCGUUUCCGACCGCCACAGCUGCAGUCCAAGCGCUCGAGACGUUCCGCAAGACGUUCGGCCUCCGCGAACGCUUUCCCCGUUUCGUCGACAGUCUCGUCCACGGCUUCCAAGCGAAACUCUCAACAACGCAAGCGCAACGAGUCAUUGCGGCUUACUACGAGAGCAGCGUCUUGGACGCCCGUGAGAUCCAGCCGUUCCCAGGCGUCCGGGAGACGCUCGUGGAAUUGCAAAAUGGAGGCGCUCGUUCCCUGGCGCUGCUGCUCAUUGGCAAGCCAGAGGUGCAGCAGGCACGUCUUCGAGCGUUGCAAGUUGACGACCUCUUUCAAGAAAUCGUGCAUGUGGAAUCGAACCCGAGCUUGACUCAAGUCACGAGUGCCAUGACGCAGCUGGUGCGUCAACUGGACGUUCCGUCAUCGGCCGUUCUGUUCGUAGGACGCAAAGUGUUCUACGAGAUUAAGGCUGCAAAGGCUGUUGGAAUGCUCACAGUGCGCAUGUUGUUUGGCAAGUACAUGAGCGUCAUGCCGACGGACGAGAUGGAGCAACCAAACUUUCAAAUUGAGUCGAUUGCGCAGCUGAUAGCUGUCGUCAAGCUGGCAGACCAGCAGAUGCUGCAGCCCAAGAUCGUGGCUAUUGGAGGUGGUACGGGACUCGCAGUGCUGCUCAAGGAGCUGCGUCACUAUCCAGCUGACCUUACAGCCGUCGUCACAGUGUUUGACUCGGGUCGCCAUUCUGGUGCCCUUCGCAAAAAUUUGGGCAUUUUGCCACCUGGAGACAUUCGCAACUGUCUAGUGGCGUUGUCCGACUCUGAUGAGCUCUUGAGCAAACUGAUGAACUACCGUUUUCGUGAAAACUUCAUGGACGGUUGUAGCUUGGGCAACCUGCUACUGGCAGCGUUGACCGACCUGCAAGGUGGGUUCGACCGUGCCAUCUCGUCAAUCGCUGAUAUCCUCAACAUCCAUGGUACCGUGCUGCCGGCCACACUCGAAAGCACGGAGCUGUGUGCCGAGCUCAUGGACGGAUCCACGGCCGUUUCAGAAGUCAAUGUGCGCAGCCCGUUCAUGCGUUAUGCAGAGGUCGAGCCUCAACCAGAUUCCAAUUCUUCACUUAGUUGUGCAACUGGAGAUUCGCCAUCGACGCCUUCUGAGCCUCGAUACUCAAAGGUGACGAAGAUCAAGAAAGCGCCAAUCAAACGUGUGUAUCUCGAGAAUCCGAGCGUGCAAGCUUUUCAGCCUGCCGUGCGUGCCAUACAGGAGGCCGACAUCAUCAUCCUGAGUCCCGGAGGUUUCUACACAUCGAUCAUUGCCACGCUUUUGGUGCCAGGAAUUCGUGAUUCCAUCGCACACAGCUCGGGUGCAGUUGUCUACGUGAGCAAUAUAACUACGCAGAAUGGUCAGACUGACGGCUACACGCUAGAAAAAACACUGGAGGUGCUUUCGACUUACCUAGGAGCAAACGUUGUCGACUACGUGAUUGCAAACAACGCUUUUCCACCCGAAGAUGUUCUUGCGCCGUACCUUGAGCGCGGAGAGGAAUUGUUGCUGCCAACGCCCGAAAUGGCGGCUCGUGAGCAUCCUGUUUUGCUUCAAGGCCGAACGUUUCAAGACGAUCUUGUUGUGGGGCAAGUGCCUCGCGAAUGGAAAAAGGCACCUAUGCUGAAGCACAGCGGUCGUCGCGUAGCUGCCAUUCUUUAUACUAUAAUGGACAAGGAAUUGGCACGCCAUCAUCAAUGUCAGCAACUGCCACCUGUUGUUCCCAGUACAGCUCCGGCGAAUGUGCCACAUCGGGUGAGCUCAUGGAUGUCACCUUUCACAGCUUCUAUAACGAUCUUUGGAAUUCUAGGAGCCACCACGUUCUUAGCAUCCGUGCUCGGUCGUAGGUAA